GGUGAAAUAAGGGAGCUGCAGGAUCCCGACCCAGUCUUGAAGGAUAAUAUCAACUCAAGUUUCAGGGUUCAGGACCAGGUGGAUCGCUUGCCUCUGAGACCAGGAACGAUGGGGAAUAAAGACAUACAGGAGAUCGCAGUGAGUCCCAACAACAAUGUGGUGAACAUUUAUGAGAAGAAGGGCAAAGGAUGGAACAAAAUCCACGAGCUGACGGAGCACAGCGGGCGAAUCACAGGGAUCGACUGGGCUCCAGAGUCCAACCGCAUCGUGACAUGUGCCGCUGACCGCAAUGCCUACGUGUGGACCCUGAAGGACGGCACCUGGAAGCCCACCCUAGUCCUGGUCCGCAUCAACCGAGCAGCCACGUGCGUGAAGUGGUCACCCCGUGAGAACAAGUUUGCUCUGGGCAGCGGCGCGCGCCUCAUCUCUGUGUGCUACUUUGACAAGGAGAACGACUGGUGGCUGAGCAAACACAUCAAGAAGCUGCUUUGUUCCACCGUCAUGUGUCUGGAUUGGCACCCCAAUAACAUCCUGCUGGCAGCCGGGUCUGCAGACCUCCACUGCAGGAUUUUCUCCACCUACAUUAAAGACAUUGAGGAUAAGCCUGGUCCCACUGCCUGGGGAGCCAAAAUGCCCUUUGGGGAGGUGCUGCUGGACCAUAAAGACUGUGGAGGCUGGGUGCACAGUGUGUCCUUCUCCCCCAGCGGUGAUCAGCUGGCCUGGGUGUCACACAACAGCAGCAUCACUGUGGCUGAUGCUACUCAGGGAAAUCAGAUAACCCAGGUGAUCACUGAGUUCCUGCCAUUGCUGAGCUUGCUGUAUGUCAGCCCCACUGCAAUUGUGCCGCCGGGUCAUGACUGCUGCCCCUACCUGUUCACUUAUAACGGCCCCAGUGCUCUGGAGUUUGGGAAGAAGUUGGACAUUCCCAAACAGACAAGCAAGAUCAGCGUGACAGCCAUGCAACACUUCCGUAACCUGGACAAGAAGGCCACCGAGGAGGACAGCAACGAGCUGCUCACUCUGCACCAAAACAGCAUCACACAGCUGUGUGUGGUGUCUGGGGAGAAAACCAAAGUGGAGACAUACAGCAGUGUGGGUCUGGACGGCGCUAUGGUUCUCUGGAGCAUUAAGCACUGAGGGAUGUCAUUGACCCAGAACACGUCUUCACCAGAACCAAGUACUGAUUUGUGAAAUGUUACUGUUUUUAAAUCACUUUUUGUAACUGUUCAGAGUUUGUGUCCACUCGUGCUUUGUGAGUUUUGUCCAUUAAACUGCUUUCACCUUCUGAAAA